AUUUUUGUUUUUUUUUUUCUUUUGCAGGAGCUGAAGAAAUACGGGGUCACCACCUUGGUGAGAGUUUGUGAUGCCACCUAUGAUCAGGCUCCCAUUGAGAAAGAAGGAAUCCAAGUUCUUGACUGGCCGUUCGAUGACGGGGCGCCCCCUCCCGGCCGUGUCGUGGAUGAUUGGCUGAGCCUGAUCCGCAGCAAAGCUCGGGACGAGCCCGGCGCCUGCGUGGCCGUGCACUGCGUGGCCGGCCUGGGCAGGGCUCCUGUCCUGGUGGCUCUGGCUCUCAUUGAGUGUGGCAUGAAAUACGAGGAUGCAGUUCAGUUUAUAAGGCAGAAAAGGAGGGGAGCUUUCAAUUCCAAGCAGCUGCUUUACCUGGAGAAAUAUCGACCUAAAAUGAGAUUACGCUUCAAAGAUGCCAACGGUCACUGCUGUGUUCAAUAAAUAAA